CGGUAGCUGCCGCGCUUUUUUAUCGACGCUGGCAUAGUGCAGACAGUGAUCCAUUUACGCUAUUAUACUGUAUUUCUCCAUUAAAUGUGGAUGUGGGCCGAACUUGUUGCUUUCGUGGAUACUUAAUUGUAUGUACUGAUGUGCAUACAGAUACGUCAAUCUCUAGAUAUUCUUCUAUGGAAAAUUAUGCGUUUCCGGAAGCAGUUGAGUGCUAAAAAACGUUUCUAUGAAUCAGUGGGUUAUUCAUACAUUACAAUUUAAAAACAUGUGAUUCCAGCAAAUUUUCCUAUCAGUUUGUUUUCAUUUGUCGGCAUAAAAUAAUUUUGCAAUGAAUGUGACAGUAAAUAAUACUGCAAAUUCUUCUUACUUCGGACACACUUCGAAAUCCCUUCUCACGCUCUGGGCAGCCUGCGACCUGUCGUCAUGCAUCAUUGGAUCAUUCGCCAGUUUAUUGGUUGUCAUCUUGAUCUUAUCGCGCCGCCAACUGCGUCACGGAUGCGGCUUAAUCAUCGUCCACUCACUGAUCGCCAAUCUCUUAUUAUGCGCCAUCAGCUUUGUCAUCUCCUGCGCGCUACUUUACCGCAAAUCCAUCGGCCUGGGCGCCAUCCAUCCGCACCACUGCAAGCCCAUCAUGUGGCUGCAGAUGGCGCUGCGGUGCGCGGUCAACUGGCUGGAAGUGCUCAUCACCCUCAACCGUUUAAUCGCCAUCUACUUCCCGCACCACUACCGGGUGUCCAGCGGGAAAAGGGUCACCGCCUGGACCGUGGCAGGGGUGUGGCUGGUGUCGGCGUUGUACGCGCUGCCGGCGUGGUUUGACGUGGGCGCGAAAUACGCCCUAACCCCGCUGGGACAUUGCGCCAUCGCGGUCAACCCGGAUAAUCUUGGGGCGCUGAACAAUGUCUUCGGGGCGUAUCUGCCCAUUGCGCUGACGGCGGUGUGCUUCGGGGUGAUCUACGGGAAGCUGGUGGUGCGCAAACGGAACCCGGAUGCGAGGGACAAAAGCGGCAGUGUGAAACGGCGGGCCCGCGUCAUACCCAUGUUGUUUGCCGCGUUCCUGUGGAAUGCCGCGUGCUUUCUGACGAUGCCGGUGACGCUCAGCAGUUCUCCGAAUGUCUUCGUCACGGAACCGGCGCUGGUGCUGCUGUUCAUGACGCUAACGGUUCUGGGAUACAGCAUGCAACCGGUAAUUUUUUGCGUAUUCAAUAAAGACUACCGAGCAGCCUUUGCCUCUUUUUUCAACAAGAAGAGUCCCGUUGGUCCAUCUGAAGGGAAAUCCUCGGGGAAUGUGACAAGACUAAGUGCCACCAAUCAGCCAACAAAAACCAGAACGUCAGAGAGCGAUUAAAAUAUUCUACCCGAAAUAAUCGGAUUUGACUGACACUGCUAAGAAAAGCCAAAAUAAUCCGACCCUUAAAGAUGCUGUAGUUGCAAUAUUAUAAUGGUGAUAAUUAAUUGCCGUAAUUCUGUU